AUGGAUGAUGCAUCGGAGCCUGCGGAUAGUGCCAUGCAAGAGCAUCAUUUCGUUAAAGCAGAUGAAGUUGACCAAACUGGAACGGACAUCAGCACCGUUUCGGAUGACCAGUUGAUGGAGGAGGUAGCUGAGGGGAUACGCCAGGAGCAGUCACAGCAGAAUGUACCUACUGCGCCUAAUGAAGCACCAGUAGAGAUUCACAGAGCACCAAAACGCCCUGAGCUGCGUCGGGAUGCUUCUGCCCCACCGCCUCCUCUACAGCCACCGCCUCCAGCUCCGGUCCAGCAACAUGUGGAAAGACCAUCUGAUUCAUUGAGUCUUGCUCAGCUGAAACAGCUGGUUCAGGAGAUGCCCAAGGUUGAACAGCCUGCCUAUGCUUUCGAGUAUGCGGACUCCCAGCCAUUCGCCGAGGAAGUCGAGGAAUGGUUCCAGUACAGCGAGUUCGACAGAGUCAUGCUCAUUGGCAUGAAGUCGUCAUUUGACCAUAGAUGGAGUUGUUUCUGCGAAGACCAGUCUGUGGACAGUGCUAUGCAGUCCUGGAUCACCGCCUCUUAUGAAUUACGAAAGACGUUUAUGAGCCAGCUUAUUAAUAAUUUAGGUGACCGUGCAGUUCUUGUCCGAAUUGAGGCCUUGGAGGCCAUAUGCUAUGCUUUGACUGGUGUUUGGGGCCUGACGGCCGGUCGAGUUGUUGAUGAGCUCCCGGAGGGUCGUCCUCAGCCAGGUGCAGAGGCCGAAAGCCGGUCACUUCAGAUCAAAUGGACUGAACAGAAUGUUUGCCUGCUACAAGAAUGCUCGGGUAUCCAGCCGCUGAUGGACUGCCUAUGCUGUGUCUUUGAGAGGCAUCGCAGUUCCUCCGCACCGGACGCAGAUAACACGGGACAAGAGGGUGCCAACCCUGCCUAUGUUGCUGCUCUGGAGAGAGAAGCAAAUCUAGUGUUGACGGCUCUUUAUUUGUCUGUGGAAGUCGGCCGCAAGCAAGACGCUCUUGAUACCCAGAAUGCCCCUUUGAGAGAUACUCUCAUGAGUCUGGAGCCAAAUCUGCUUGUGUUCCUGGUGGAAAUCAUUGCGCGGUUGCGUUGGGACGACUCUGCCAAUGUUCCGCUGACCAGAGUCAUUCUUCUAUUUUGGAAGUCUUUGCUGCUUUUCUUCGGAGGCACUGAUAAAUUGAAGGAGGCCAAGGAAGCACUAGAGCCGACCCUCGAGGCAAGAAAAACAGCCACUAAUCGAAGGACCCCUUUUCUCACUGCCUCGCCCUUGGAUUACCACAACUUUCGACAGGAGAUUACAUCCAAGUAUCCUGCAUAUAAUCCGCCACCUCCUGUGGUCCCCCUAGAGCUAGAAAAUAAUUCGAUUCUUCCCCCACUCCCGCAACAUCCCAGCAGGAUCGGCUCUUCUGCAGGUCCCUUUUCUGGAGUUGGCCCUUCUGUGGCGGGUGGCAGUGGUUCAAUCAUCCAUCACCCUGUCCACAUCGCUACCCCGGCACCCUCUCCUCCACCGUCACCCAUCGGCCCUGGCGGCAAAGCGGGGAAGAAGCAAAACUACCAGACAAACCAGAACUUUCCUUUCAUGUACCCACCUCUAGAUGAUUCAAGUAAUGACCUCGGAGGAAAGGGCACCACAGAGCUGCAAGAUAAUCUUGUGGGAAAGAAGUGGCAGGGUAGUGACGUUCCGGCGUCCAUCAUCGAGGCUGGGAGGCUGUUCUCAACCCAUGUCAAGAUGACAAGGGCGAUGCGGCAACUCUGGGAAGAGCGAGAGCGUUUUAUGAAAUACGACCGCGGCUGGUAUCCUGAUGAAAACCAGCUUCUUUUGAACGAGAACACCCUUGGUGGAUUGGCAGAUGAGCUGCAAGACCUGAAUGUCUCCGAGAAGAGGUCUAGUACUGAUAGCACACCGAAAGAGGAAACUGAAAAUGCGGAUAUUCAGCGACGCCUGGAUGCCGUUGAAGCGUUCUACAGACAAGCACUGGUGCAUCUACAGUCUAUAACGAUUGUCUUCCUGAAGAUAAUCCUAACGAAUGUCAGCGCCAUGGUGAGCCAGGCCAACGGACAAGCUGCUCAGGCCAUGGGUGAUGGUUAUGGAUCGGUGAUCAAUGGGUUCCCAGCCAAUCAUGUCAACGGGCAUAUUGAUCUCAACUCUGAAGCCGCCAUCGAUGAGCUCGACAAUAUUCGUCUCCGGGAAAUCACCGGAAAAGCGAUCUCUGGCUCUCUGUUACUGCUUGUCAAGUGGUUCAAGAGAUCUCAUAUCUUGAAGUUCGAGUAUAUGACGCAGUUGCUACUCGACUCCAACUAUCUGCCGUUGAUUUUGAAGAUGUUUGCCCACCAGGAUGUGGAUCAGGCAGUAGCGCAGAAGAAUGAUCGAGAGGAACUGGGUUUCUUCCGUUUCUGCCAUCUUCACUCGAACCAACCGCCGGAAUCGACAACCGACCUGGACGAGGACUCCUCACUUAGUGACGACGAGGCUGUCCCUCCGCCCAUCACCCGGCAUCGCCAGGACACAGGCAAUUCAGUACGCGGCGUGUCGCCCGAAGUACCUGUUCCCGAGUUUAUGGAAGGGCCUCAUCGUCCAGAGGUUGACGAACUAGGCUAUCCUACAGCCCCCCCACCUAAGGAGCCGAUUACUGUGUUCUCAUUCCGUAACUUUUUCUCAGCGAUCAAUUACCUCCACAUCAUGCAGAAGAUCACCCGCGACAAGGCCCAUCGAUGCCUUCUCCUGGUGCAGUACAAGUCAAGCACUAUCCUUCGCAAAGGGCUCAAGAUCCCCGACCCGCACCUGCGGUUCUACACGCUCAAGCUCUUCAAAUCGCAGGUGCCCUACUGUGGACGCAAAUGGCGACAGAGUAAUAUGCGGGUGAUCACGGCGAUCUAUCUGUACUGCCGACCAGAGCUUCGCGACGACUGGCUAUCUGGCGGAGACAUCGACUCGGAGGUCGAAGAAGCUCUGCCACUGGAGCAGGCACUGCGCGGGCUGACGCACUGGUGGCAUCUGCGCCGGUACAAGGACGUGAUGGGAGGCGAAGAAGGCGCGUCCAUGAUGGAAGAAGAGCGAGAUUUCUUCGUGCGGGAGCUCGAAGCAAUGGGAUGGGGCAUGGCAGGCGAGGAAUCCUUCGGAGGCAGCGAGGACGCUGAAAUGGGCGGGCCUAUGGUGAACGGAACGGGGACCGAAUGGGACGGAGCUCCACUGCAAAUGGAAGGAUGGUAA